AUGGGAGCUUUCAUCAACUUGUCCACAUCUGCUUCUGUCAUUCUCCUGGUAGUUCACGGAGGUUUCUGUGUGGAUAUCAUUGGAGGAAAUGAAGUAGCACCACACUCCAGACCAUUUAUGGCCCUAAUCAAUGGAUCAAAUGGAAAAGCUAUUUGUGGAGGAGCUUUGAUCAAGGAAGACUGGGUGUUAACAGCUGCCCACUGUAAUGUGAAAGGAGGGAGAGUUAUUCUUGGAGCUCAUUCACAGGAAAAAAGAGAAAAAGAAAAACAGUUUUUUCAGAUUGCAAAAUAUAUUCGCCAUCCAUACUACUGUUCCAAUCAUAAGGAAAACGACAUUAUGCUUCUGCAGCUUAAGGGAAGAGCAAGACUUAAUAAAGCUGUGCAGCUGAUUCCCCUGCCUACUUCAGUUGAUGAUCCCAAACCAGGAACAACUUGCACAGUAGCAGGAUGGGGACAAACUCACAAUUAUCUGAGAAAGUUUUCUGAUACCCUGAGGGAGGUCAAUAUCACUGUCAUCAGUAGGCAAAUCUGCAAUGACAAGCAGCAUUAUAGAAACAACCCUGUUAUAACAGACAACAUGAUAUGCGCAGGGGCUAAGAAAGGAGGAAAGGACUCGUGUUUUGGGGAUUCUGGCGGACCUUUAAGAUGCAAUAAUGUGAUGAGAGGCAUUACUGCUUUUGGGAAGGCAAACAAGUGUGGUACUGUUGAUGGCCCUGGUGUCUACACUCGACUCACAAAGCAAUACCUUCAGUGGAUAAGGAAAACCAUAAGGGGAGCCUAA